AUGCCAUACUGUCUCAAGGGAAGAAAUAUUCUAAUUACGGGAGGCUCAAGAGGUCUAGGAGCUCUCGUAGCCAAAAAGUUCGCGGCUGAGGGUUCCAACAUCGCAAUCAACUACGUCUCAAACGAAGCUCGUGCAAAGGGAACUGCUGAGGAAUUGGAAAAGAAGUAUAAUGCUAAGGUCGUUCUUGUGCAAGCAGAUGUAGGCAUCCAGGCAGAUUGCAUUAGGCUGGUCAAGGAAACGAUUGCGCGGCUGGGAGGCCUUGAUAUUGUGAUAUCUAAUGCUGGCUGGACAAAAUUCUCCAGAUUCGGAGAUCUGAAUGGAUUGAACGAAGCGGAAUGGGACAAGUGCUGGGCGACUAAUGUUAAAGCAAACUUGCACAUAUUCCGAGAGGCAGAGACAACUUUCAACGCGAAUCCCGAAGGUGGUGUCUUCAUCAUGACAUCAUCCACUGCGGGUAUUUCCCAAGCAGGGAGUAGCAUGGCGUACUCCGUUUCUAAAGCUGCAGGACUGCAUCUGAUGAAAGCACUGGCUUCAACUCAGGGAUCGAAGAUCCGCACCAAUGCUGUUCUACCAGGACUUAUCCUCACGGAAUGGGGCGAGAAAUUCCCCAAGGAGGCAAUCAACGGAUACGAAGAGAAGGCCGUCCUAAAGCAUGUACCUGAUCUUGAGGACUGCGCCGAUGUAUUUAUCACACUUGCCAAAAAUACGUCCAUGACUGGGCAACAGAUCCAAGUUGGUAUGGAUAUCUUUAUCUCCAGAAUCAUUGGUUGA